AUGCGAUUAUCCUACGACGACCGAAGAGCGGAAGAGUUGUUGCAAACACUGACCAAGUGCGCUAAUGGGCGUUACGAAUCGGGCCUUCUAUGGCGAUAUGAUAACGUCAGGCUUCCAGAUAGCAAGCAGAUGGCACUGAGACGAUAUCAAUGUCUCGAAAGGCGUAUGCAAAAGGAUACCCAUCUAGCACAAGCGUUAAAGGCGAAAAUCGACGAAUACGUAACGAAAGGCUACGUCAGAAAACAUACCGCAGAUGAAUUAGAGGAACCACAUGACCGAAUCUGGUAUCUUCCAAUGUUCCCGGUAGUGAAUCAUAACAAACCUGAUAAGAUAAGACUAGUCUGGGAUGCAGCCGCGACUUCAUACGGAAUUUCUUUGAACUCAGUGCUGCUGAAAGGGCCUGACAACUUGACGUCACUUCUAUCUGUCUUGAUUUGCUUCCGGGAGUUCCGUGUGGCUGUCUCCGGGGACCUUAGAGAAAUGUACCACCAAGUUCAAAUGAGACCUGCAGACCAGCAAUGCAAACGUUUUUUCUGGAGAGAAAACGAAUCUGACAAAUACUCUAGCAUCUACGUUAUGCAAGUCAUGUCCUUCGGAGCAUGCUGCUCUCCAAGUACCGCUCAAUUUGUUAAAAACACCCACGCAAAGCAGUUCGAGCAUGACUACCCAGAAGCCGUGAACGCGAUAAUUUACCAGCACUACGUUGACGACAUGUUCAUUAGCGCUGAGACGAUCGAUAGGACCACUCAAUUAGCAGCUGAGGUAAAAAUGAUCCAUGCAUCCGGAGGCUUCGAAAUGCGAAACUGGGUCUCAAAUUCACCGGACGUCGUAGAUGCACUAAAAAGUGAAAAGACUAACGAAAAGAGCUUGUGUAUUGGCGAAACGGGUACCACCGAAAAGGUUCUGGGAAUGUGGGGAGAUACUGCAGAAGAUUGCUUCACGUACAAACUAUCUACCCGUCACGAUCCAGAUCUGUUAUCCGGAAGGAAACGGCCGACAAAGCGUGAGAUCUUGCGGACGUUAAUGAUGGUUUUUGACCCGCUCGGAUUAAUCGGUCAUUUUAUGAUGUUCCUUCACACCCUUUUACAGGAGAUUUGGCGGGCAUGCAUUGAUUGGGACGAGCAUAUCCACGACUCACAUUUCGAGAAGUGGCUCAUAUGGUUACGUAUUCUCCCCAAGGUUUCUGAUCUGAAGAUAUCAAGAUGUUAUCGGGUUUUCACUUCAGCUGAGGGAACCACCGAAGUCGAAAUGCAUACCUUUGUAGACGCCAGUGAAAACGGGUUCUCGGCGAUAGUCUACCUACGAUACCAACAAGGGCACACAGUGGAAUGUGCAUUAGCUGGAGCAAAAACCAGAGUAGCACCGUUGAAAUUUUUAUCCAUACCACGUUCGGAAUUACAAGCCGCUAUAAUCGGCGUUAGACUAGCAGAUACAAUGCAGCGUUCUCUCUCGAUUACCAUUCGAAAACGCUACUUCUGGACAGAUUCCAGAGACGUUAUGUGCUGGCUUCACUCGGAUCAUCGAAGGUACAGUCAAUAUGUCGCGGUGAAAAUCAGCGAAAUUCUGGAAACGUCGAACCUCCGUGAAUGGCGUUGGGUUUCAUCGAAACUCAACGUGGCUGAUGAAGGAACUAAAUGGAAAGGCGCGUCCUGUUUGAACAGUUCAAGCCGAUGGUUCAUCGGACCCGAGUUCCUCUGGAAAAUGAAAGAAGAAUGGCCAGCUCCCUUGCAGUUCGUUGGAGCCACACAUACGGAAAUCCGCCCACACCUACAACUCCAUUUCAAAAUCCCUGAACCGCUGAUUGCUGUGGACAGAUUCAGUCGAUGGCCAAUACUUCUGAAGACUACUGCUUACGUGUUCAGAGCCAGUCGGAACAUGCAACGAUCGAUACGAAACAUUGUUAGAAUCAACGGAUCCCUUACACGCGAGGAAAUACUUGAUGCUGAAUGUUACUUAUACCGAAUUGCUCGAGAAAGCGUUUACAGUGACGAGAUCGCUACUACGUCUGUGAACUCAAGCAAACUUUCGAAAAGGAAUUUUCCAAAGGGCAGUCCUCUAGCCGCGCUCCGUUUAUUCAUUGAUGAGAAGGGAGCUCUAAGACAUCAAGGACGAACGGGUGCUUGCCAGUUUAUCAGCAGCAGUGUCGCAAACCCAAUCAUCCUUCCUAGAAGUCAUGGCGUAACCAAAUUGCUAAUAAAGAAUGUCCACGAGCGAUUUCUUCAUCAAAACCAUGCGACCGCAAUAAAUGAGCUGAGACAGCAUUACUACAUUCCUCGAUUGAAAGUCGUCUACAAAUCGAUCCGCAACAGUUGUCAAUUCUGUAAAAACGAACGCGCUCGGCCGCUAGCGCCGCUAGGAAUAGAGCGACCUGCCACCGUCACGCCUCGCUGCCUACAGUCGACCUUUUAG